AUUAUUAGUCAGUGGCUCACUGAUUCUUUAUAAAUACUGCUGCCUUUAAUUAAAAUAUACAGGUAAUCAAAGAAACGCGACCGCCUCUCUCUCGUACUCCCGAUUAGAAGAAAAAGAUGAAGAUCCUAGCACUCUUAUUGUUGGUGGCAGUAGCCGCAGCAGUGAACAGCUAUGAAGGGCAGGAAGCCAACGUGUACUAUGAGCAACUGUUGGAGGUGGAGGAGUCAGGUCGAUCACACUUAAAUAUCUUCCAGUUUGGAACCAUUGGGCCUGACGACAGACUGAUAUCCGACACAACCCACGAAGCGUACGGCAUAGAAUACCAUGUUAACGACCAUGAAUUGACUUACCGAGGAAGUGAGAACACGAAUAUAACCGGUAUCAUAGUCCAUGAAUACUUGAGCAACUACACCGCCGUCACUAUCCAAGAUGGUGGUAUACAUAGAAAUUAUGUGACUAUCAGUCUCAAAGGCAGGAGAUCUUACCACGUCGGUUGCCGUAUCGGAAUCUUCGCUUCAAUAAACUGUUCUAAUAUGUAAUGUAAUGUUAAUAAACGAUUGUUAAGAA